GAUGACAUUCCACCAGGGUUAUCUUUGUUGCCUGAUAACAUCCUGCAGGUUCUCAGGCAGCAGCAGUUGCAAUGUAUGCAAAAACUGUCAGAUGGCCUAGAGGAUGAACAACAAGCGCUGGCACUCAUUCUGGUCAAAUUCCUCAUUAUCAUCUGCAGGAAUUUGGCUAAUGUCGAGGAGAUUGGAACCUGCUCCUAUAUUAAUCAUGUUAUUACUAUGGCUACAGUUUACAUUCAACAGUUAAAAAGCAAGACCAAAGAAAAGGAAAUGGCAGAUCUAACUCCAGCUGAAGAUUUUGCAAGACAUGCGCUUACCUUUUGUGAGAGUUUAUAUGACCCGUAUCGAAACUGGAGACACCGAGCAGCUGGUGAAGUAGUCAGUACUGUGGAGAAGAGCAGACAGAAGUACAAAGCAGCUAGCCUAACUGUGGAGUUUGUCCCUUUCUUUUAUCAGUGUUUUCAAGAGAGUGAACAUCUGAAAGAGAGUCUGAAGUGCUGCCUUAUUCAUCUCUUUGGGGCUGUUGUUGCAGGUGGACAGCGGAAUGCACUUCAGGCAAUCUCCCCAGCUACAAUGGAAGUCUUGAUGAGGGUAUUGGCAGACUGUGAUCUGUUGGAUGACAAAGACCCAGAUGAUGUAAGCCAUAAAUUGGAGCUGACCCUGAAGUGCCUGACGGAAGUGAUUCAUGUGCUACUAACCAGCAGCUCUGAUCAGCGGCAGGUAGAAAUCAGCACAAUCCUGGAGAAUUAUUUCAAGCUGCUCAAUUCUGAUCACACCGCAUUGCUGGUCAAUCGCAGAUCGCGGAACUGGGAGAGUAGUUUCAUUGCACUACAGAUACAAAUGCUGAACACUAUUCCAGAAAUGUUAAACUGCCCUGACAGACCAGUCCUUCAGGCAAUCUUCUUGAAUAGCAACUGCUUUGAACAUCUUACUCGACUCAUACAGAACAGCAAGCUGUUUGUAAGUUGUAAAGCAGCAGACAAGAAUGAGAAAGAUCUUGCCAACAAAUUACUGACAGAAAUGAAUGUGAACCAGGUGUGUCAGGGUCGCCUGGAUAGUCUAGCUGUAGCGACGAUCCAAGCUUUGACUGCAGUGAUGCACAAAUCCCCAGCUGCUAAGGAGGUGUUCAAAGAACGUAUUGGUUACACGCAGCUGUAUGAAGUUCUGAAGACACUUGGCCAGCCGUCACGAGAUCUGUUGAAGGAGCUGAUGAACAUGGCCAUUGAAGGUGAACAUACCUCUGUUGGGAUGCUAGGGAUCAGCAACGUCCAGCCACUACUACUACUCAUCCAAUGGCUUCCUGAACUGGACUCUUUUGAACUACAAAUCUUUGUUUCUGAUUGGCUGAAGAGGAUAUGCUGCAUUAACCGUCAAAGUCGCACGUUUUGUGUGAAUGCCAACAUUGUUCGCCGUAUCCUUGUGACUUUAACCUAUCAUGUGAGACUACAUCGUACGUGUGCGGAGAAUCUGAUUGGACUCCUAGGGUCAUUAGGCAGCCAGUCACUGAGCUCAGGAGAGCUCUUGCAGUUGAUGAGGUUAUUAAGGAUGGACAAUCCUAAAGAGGCCCAUCCCUAUGUCGUCCCUGUGACACGCGCAAUACUGGGCAUUGCCCGAAAGCAGGGCUUGGAUAAUGCACUACAGUACUUUAACCUAUCCCACAGCAUGGCGGGGAUCAUGGUACCCACAAUUCAACGUUGGCCUGGCUACGCCUUCAGCUUCUAUGCCUGGUUGUGUCUUGAUCAAGGACAAGAGGCCAGUGGAAUCAUUGGGAAAGGAAGCAAGAGGAAACAGUUGUACAGUUUUUUCACAGCCAGUGGAACAGGAUUUGAAGCUUUUCUGACCUCUUCAGGAGGACUGGUUGUCGCAGUUUGCACAAAGAAGGAAUACAUGACUGUGAUGUUGCCUGACCAUUGCUUCUGUGACUCCCUCUGGCAUAGUAUAGCAGUGGUACAUGUCCCGGCAAAACGUCCCUUUGGUCAGAGUCUGGUGUACAUCUAUGUCAAUGGUCAGCAGAAACUCUCUGCACCCCUCAAAUUCCCCACUAUGAGCGAGCCUUUUACCUCGUGUUGCAUUGGAUCAGCUGGUCAGAGGACCACGACCCCUCCACCCUCUCAAAUCCCGGAUCCUCCUUUCUCAUUGUCCAUCCCCUCUGGACGAGCGUCCCUGAGUGCAAUUCUUUCCUCGCCAGCCUGGAGUGGAGUCUCAGGAAAACCUGAAUCGGUGACGAAACUCAUUUCGGCAGGAACUCAGGACAGUGAGUGGGGCUCGCCGACUUCACUGGAGGGUCAACUGGGUUCUGUUCUAGUUUUCCAUGAUGCACUACAGUACUCCCAAGUGAAGGCUUUGUAUCUUUCAGGCCCAAACUGCAUUUCUCCAUUGAAAUCUCAGGAGUCGGAGCUUACAGACCUCACAAGUAAGCUGCUUCUGCAUUAUACACCGAAGGCCUGCAAAAGUCCCAUCUGCCUCGAUUUGUCUCCGAAUCUCCUUCAUGGGAGGUUGACUGGGCAUAAAGUUGUCAACUGGGACAUUAAGGAUAUGAUCAAUUGCACUGGUGGCCUGAAUGUUCUUUUCCCACUGCUGGAACAAAUGAGCAAUCUUGGGAGCCAGGGAUUGGUGAAAAAUGGAGACUAUCAUGGCGUCUCUGACUUCGUGACUCCUGAAGCCGCCUCCCCUGCUGAAGGUGACUGGGUGGUGAUUCCUUCAACUAGAGCUUCUGAGGCCAGACUGGAGAAGAACCCUGUAGCUACUUUUCUCUUGACAAUAAAGCAUUUCAUAAGAAGGCAUCCAAUCAAUCAAGAGAACCUGCUUCACAGUCAUGGAGUUGCCACUUUAGGCGCCUUGCUACAGAAGAUGCCAAGUAGUUUAGCGGAUGUGAACAUGCUGGUGGCUGUGCAGUUACUGAUUGAACAAGCAAACGUUGAGAAGAAUACGCAGCUCCUGCAUCAGAUGUAUCAACAUCUGCUGUUUGACUUUCGAAUCUGGAGCCAUGGGGAUUUCCCAUUCCGAAUUGGCCAUAUUCAGUACUUAUCCACAAUCAUCAAAGACAAUCGGAAACUUUUUAGGAAGAAGUAUGGGGUCCAAUUUUUGCUUGAUGUGAUCCGGAUGUUUUACAGCAGCUCAGAUAAAGACAGUGACUUGUCCACAGAUGAUGUGAAGACUAUCCGCGCUUCUCUGUAUGGACUAAUUAAGUACUUCAUCAGCAAAGGGGUGACACAGGAAGAGGUCCAGAGCAUCAUGGGAUACAUUGCUGCCAUCAAUGAUGAACAGCAGCUCUCUGGGAUCCUGGAGAUCUUACUGAAUCUUCUUCAGACUAGUUCAGCUCGGGACCAGCUUUACCUGCUGCUGUUUGAACCAGGGCAUGCUGACAUUCUCUAUGCACUGCUGCUGACCAACAAAUAUUCUGACACAUUGCGUGAGCUCGUUUUCAAGAUAUUUGAGAGGAUGUUAAAGUGCGAUAAGGUUUAUGAACGGAGCAAGCAGCGCAUCAAGCUGAGGGAUGUGGGUUAUUCAGGACUCAUCAUGCUGCUGAAUGAUGCCAUGAUUACUGUGUCCCUGGUCAAAAACCUCUUGCAUCAAAUCCUUCAAGCAGACUCUGUGGUGAAUUAUAAAGAUUUAAUGGCUGUGGUUCACCUAGUGCACAAAGCAGGAAUCAACGUGAGGCUUGCUGUUUGCCGAAAGAUUUAUCAACACUUGCAGUCCCAGCAAGAUGCAGCCCAGCAGAUAGCAAAGCAGACCAGCUGGCAAGAAACAUUUGUGCGGUUGUUUCUGAAGGAAAAUGCUGAGAGCAAGGAGAGUGCUGGUGUGGACAGUUUGAACAACAGCAGUUUGGAUUUUGGUAAACAAGCUGAGAUGAGAUCUAGCGUAGAGCAGUUAAGGAGCACCAACGAAGAAUCAAGUAUUCGGGGUGACAAUCUAUCAGAUGGUGAUAUAGUCGACAAUGUGCCCUAUGAUAACAGAAGUUUUGAUGGGUUGGUUGAAAGAUUUAAUGACUCAAACCACUCUUCUGAGAUGUUUUUAGAUGACAGAGCCUCAAAUGAAAGUGUCCUCACAGAAAGUUUGGAGGAAAAUCAGGCUCAAUUGGAGGAAUGGACUCCGAAGGGGAGAAGCUUAACAUUGGACUUGUCGAGCAUGGCCUCUUACGAAAUGGGUGAUGUUGAAAGUCAGACACCAGGUAGCAUUGCCAGCACACCAUCUCCACUGGAGAUGCCCAAACACUUUCCUGGUGCACAGUUUGAUAAGGAACUUAGCAGCACAGAUGAUUCAAGUUACAUGGAUGAUGCAUCAAUCUAUGAAGUCUCCGGAAGUGGAGAGAAGAGUGAAGAAGAGCUAAGUCAGAUUCUGAUGGACAUCCUCCUUUGUAUUAUGUGGCGUGGCCUGGAUGGGUCAGAUGAUGCUGCUUGGAUCGAACGAGGCCAGGUCUUUUCAGCAUUGACAAAGCUAGGAACAGCAAAUGAACUACUUUCUCCAUCGGAUGAAAUCAAAUUAAAACUUAUUGAGAAGAUAUUGGAAUGGGCUGUAACUGACAACAAAGAGGCGACAGCAGUUGCCCUUCCGGUUCACACUGAGAAUGCAGUGCGAUUGCUGUAUAUUGUUCAGGACUUCCUCCAGGCUGAGGGGUUGGUGAAUCCUGCAUUAUGGACUGAUAAGGUAUUGGAGGAAAUGGUCACGUUAAUGGACAGUCUGAUGGUCUGGUACUCAUCUGGAUCAGAAUGGAUGCAAUUGUCACAGCUCGGAGUGCGCCUUCUCCUUGGAUUUAUUGCACGGGAUAACAUGCAGGUGUGCGCCAUGGCAGCAGCAAAGCUCAACACUAUCCUGCAGACAAAAGAGAUAGUCAACCAAGAUGAAGCAUGUUUCCUCUUGGGGAAGCUGGAGGAAACCCUGACCAAAUCCAUAAGAGAGAGAACCGAAACCUACUCCUUCUUAAUCCCAAUCAUACGGACUUUGGUAUCCAAAAUUUAUGAACUGCUGUACAUGCACCUGCACUUGCCAGCUCUGCCUCAAAGCAAUGGCAGCCCAUCUUUCUUCGAGGACUUUCAGGAGUACUGCGGAUCCAAUGAAUGGCGUGUUUACAUUGACAAAUAUAUCAUCCCUUCAAUGAAGCGGUAUGAAGUGGAAACAUUCAGCGAAGGCCAUGAGCGUAUGGCAAUCUUCUGGAAGGAUUGUUAUGAAACAAUGAUGGUGAAUUUGCACAAGAGAGAUCGGGAGAAAGGAGAAAGCAAACUCAAAUUCCAGGAGUUUUUUGUUGAACCAUUCACCCGCAAAGCCAGGCAAGAGAACCUGCGAUAUAAUAGCAUGUUGAAACAACUCAACAGCCAACACACUGCAACACUGAGACAGUGGAAGGUGGCCCAGCACUAUUUAACCUGUGAGCGUGGACCAUGGGCUGAUAAAAAAACAGAACCAAUGCACUGGAAGUUGUCCAGUGUGGAAAACUAUUCCCGCAUGAGGCUGAAGCUGGUCCAGGACUACAACUUUGACCCCCACACUAAUGCCAGUGCGCUCCGGGACAACCUUGGAGUCCAGCAGUCAACACCGUCCAAUGAUUCCUUGCUGCUGGAAGCGGUAAAGCAAGCUAAGGUCAAUGACCUGGAGGAUGAUCGAUUAGCGGACGAAGAUCUCACUGUGCUCAGUAACAUCAAUGAGAAAGAGGAGCAGAAUCAGAAAGAAAAGCUGGUGAUUGCUGAAGACUGUGACCUGAUCACCAUCAUGGAUGUUGUUUCAGGACGCCUGGAGGUCACCACCCAGCACAUCAACUUUUUUGAUGGGAGUCUGGACAAAGAAGAAGGGGUAGGCUAUGAUUUUAAGUGGCCCCUCUCUCAGCUGCGUGAGAUUCAUCUGCGUCGCUAUAACUUGAGGCGAUCGGCACUAGAGAUCUUUCUGAUUGACCAAACCAAUUACUUCCUCAACUUCAAAAAAGAGGUGAGGAACAAGGUCUACAGCCGUAUAUUGUCUCUGCGACUACCCAAUCUAUAUGGCACACGAUCACCCCAGGAAUUGCUGAAAGCUUCAGGACUUACACAGAAAUGGGUGAACCAAGAAAUUUCAAACUUCGAAUACCUCAUACAACUAAACUCUAUUGCAGGAAGGACCUACAAUGAUCUUGCUCAGUAUCCAGUGUUUCCUUGGAUUCUUAGUGAUUACACUUCAGAGGAGCUGGAUUUGAACAACCCUGAGGUUUUCAGAGAUCUCUCCAAACCUAUUGGAGUUGCCAAUGAAAAGAAUGCCAAAGCUGUUCGGGAAAAGUUUGAUAAUUUUGAGGACCCGACAGGGACGGUUGACAAAUUCCAUUAUGGAACUCACUACUCCAAUGCAGCCGGUGUCAUGCACUACAUGAUACGGGUUGAGCCCUUCACUACUUUGCACAUCCAUCUACAAAGCGGCAGAUUCGAUUGUGCGGAUCGCCAAUUCCAUUCCAUUCCUGCCACAUGGCAGGCUCUCAUGGAGAAUCCCAAUGAUGUAAAAGAACUCAUUCCUGAAUUCUUCUACUUUCCAGAAUUUCUAGAAAAUCAGAACCAGCUGGAUCUGGGACGUUUACAGAUUUCCAAGGAGCGGGUUAAUGACGUGAUACUUCCGAGAUGGGCCACAUCACCUGAGGACUUCAUCUACAAGCACAGGAAGGCCCUGGAGUCUGACUAUGUGUCUGCCCAUCUUCACGAGUGGAUUGAUCUGAUAUUUGGAUAUAAGCAAAGGGGACCAGAUGCAGCCAAAGCACUAAAUGUUUUCUAUUAUUGCACGUAUGAAGGAGCUGUUGACCUAGAUGCAGUCGCUGAUGAGAAAGAACGAAAAGCACUGGAAGGGAUGAUCAGUAAUUUUGGGCAGACUCCCUGUCAGCUCCUCAAGGAGCCACAUCCAUGCAGGUUGUCGGCUGAUGAAGCUUUGAAGCGACAGGCUAAAAUGGACAACUGCCCACUGAAUAUCUUCCAGCACCUAACUGAGCUCAAGUCCUUCUUUGUGGAGGGAAUCAGCGACAUGGUUCCUAUAGUGAAAGCAGUGGUGCCCAAAAGCCAGGCUCGCUCCUUCAUGUCACAGGGAAGUCCUGACACCUUGGUGACUUUGAGUCAGAAUUGCCUGAUGGGAACUCAUGGAUGGCUGCCUUAUGAUAAAAAUAUUUCCAACUACUUCACGUUCUCCCGGGAUCCAACAGUAACUAAUUCAAAAACACAGCGUUGCAUCAAUGGCCCUUUUACUCCUGGGCUGGAAGUGAACUCAAAACUGUUUGUGGUGUCACAUGAUGGGAAACUGCUCUUCAGCGCAGGGCACUGGGAUAAUAGCAUUCGAGUGACCUCCAUUGCAAAGGGCAAGCUUACUGGACAGCACAUCAGACACAUGGACAUUGUGACUUGCCUGGCAACUGAUUACUGUGGAAUCCAUUUGAUAUCAGGGUCACGUGACACAACAUGCAUGAUUUGGCAAAUCUUGCAGCAGGGAGGGAUGGCUGUUGGUCUAGCCCAGAAGCCCAUGCAGAUACUAUAUGGGCAUACUGAGGAGAUAACGAGCCUGGCUAUCAGUACAGAGCUGGACAUGGCUGUUUCGGGCUCCAAGGAUGGAACCGUGAUCAUUCAUACCAUUCGACGUGGGCAGUAUAUGAGGACACUUCAACCGCCCUGUGUGAGCUCACUCCCUCUCUCCAUUCCCAAUCUUUCCGUAUCAUUGGAGGGACACAUCAUUGUCAACGCUGUCAUAGAGGGAAAAUCAAAUUUUAAGGAUAAGAAUGCUCUACAUCUGUAUUCUGUGAAUGGCAAACACUUGGCAAGUGAGACUCUAAAAGAACAAGUAACUGACCUGCUUGUCAGUGGCGAACGUAUCAUCCUCGGCAGCAUGGAGGGAUUUCUGUCUAUACGGGAUUUGUACAGUCUGAAGCUUAGUGCAACUCCGCUAGCAAUGAGAUUGCCAAUUCACUGUGUGUCCAUCACCAAGGAGAACAGCCACAUCCUAGUGGGACUGGAGGACGGCAAACUAAUCAUUGUCGGCGUGGGCAAGCCAGCUGAGAUGCGAUCAGGGCAACUUUCCAGGAAGCUCUGGGGUUCCAGCAAGCGUCUGAACCAGAUCUCGUCUGGAGAAACUGAAUACAAUCCCCAAAGCGAGCUGAAGUGAUGAGGUCAAAUCACCGGAAGGAACAAAAAUCCUGUGGCUUCCUGUCUGCUGUUACUGAUCAUUUCUGUUUUCCCUGAUCUCCAUCUGAUUCUCAGCCAAAUGAGACUAUGCAACAAAUCAGCGUGUCCAUUUCUGAUCAUGUAGCACAGAUUUCAUUUUGAUGAACCUUCCUCUGUCUCCUGUUACAGAUAGUAAUGGAGCUCACCCACUUCUACUCUUUAAAAAAGAAAAUCCUGAUGCUUCUGUGCAAGGAAGACAGUCUGUUUACUUUUUUUAAAAGGCAUUUUUUCUUAAAGGAUCUUAGCGCUGGCAGAUGUCUUUUAAAAAAAAAAAAAAACUUCCUCCCUUUGGCAUUUUAAAACACUUAAUAGGAUCACUUAAGAAUGAAGUUGGUUUGCAAUGCAAGUGCCAAGGCCACAAAAUCUCACUGUCAUAGUAGCCAGUGCUGAAAUGGAGAGCUAAUCUCAUCAGGAUCUCUCUGGAACAGAAUCGAUGUGAUGCUCCAGCUAUUUACGUACCUGUGAGGAAAAAUCUUGCAGCUGGAGACAGUCUCCUAAUCUUGCUGCCUGGUGUCCUUUUUUUUUGAAAGCUCAAAAGAUCAUGGUUACUGUCAUCUUAUUGCUCAGUACAUUGACUGUCAACCAAGACAGCGGACGUAGUAUUCCUUUCCAAAAAUACUUCCAAUGUGAUUGAUAAACUGGCAUUGUUGGAAUGAUUUUGUCUUUGUAACAUACCCCUACCCAUCUUUCUUAGCCUCACAAAGCUUUCUUUAAAUCAUUAUUCGAUCGGUUUCACGAUAAUCAAGCACAAUACUUCAUGAUGAUAUGAAUUGCUCACUUGUGUCCAUCAGUACUAUUGCACAAACUUAAAUGUGUUAGCCUCUAUUUCCCAGACGUACUGUUCUUCUGUGUGCACUUUAUAUUGUAAACAUAAUUUAUGGAAUCAGAAUUAUUUUUAUUUAACGUUUUCUUCCAAAUUGUUACUUUGCCUGAAGUGUAAACCACUUUGUAGCUGCUAGCAGAAAGGACCCAUGCAGGAUUUAAUUAUGUCUAAUCCCUCACCAACCCCUGCAACCUGGCUUACCUCUUGUUAAGGAGCAGGGGAUAGAAUACUGAAUUAUGGAGGUGUUGGCUUGCUCCUGCUCCGUUAACUACAGUGGUGAUGGGAGAAGGAAGUGAAAGAGAGAGAGAGAGGGAGGAGCAGUGUUGGAAUUGGAAGUACAGAUGUCCCAUCUCAGAACUUCAUCAUGAGCUGCACAUUCACAGGCAUAUGGCACUACAUUGGCACAAAAUGCCAUAUGGUGUAGAGGAUGGCAUAGUGGCAUUAGGCAUAAUGUGUGACCACCGUUGUCUUGUGCCAUUAGCUUUGAGGAUGUUUUCUGCUGGUCACAAUAUCAUGAGUACGAGAGAUUGGACAGGUAGAAUUGUGUAAGGCACCUCUACCAUUUACAGCCGGGAGAGGUUGUGUUGGAGGGAGAGCAAAACUGAAUAAUGAUUUUUUUUUUUUAAAUGUCACAUCAAUCAAGGUAUACCAUAGUCGCUUCCUGACAUGUAUUGGCCAACAAAUUACAAAGAAUAUAUUGGUUUUGUUUGGUGGUGGGAACAAUCUGACCUUAUUUUCUUCUGAGCAUUGGCAAAUUCAGAAGGUGAACAAGAUGUUUAAAAUGGAACAGAGUUAAGAAGAACUUAAGUAAAACCAUACGGUCACAGUUAUUAAAAAGUAAAAGCAUCGUGCAUUAGGCAAAUCUGAUUUCUGUUAUUUAGAGUAACCUUUCGGAGGAUUCAGGUUUGUCAUUUUACAGGGAACACAAUUAUCACUUUCUAUUCUGAAUCAAAUGCAGCUUCAGCUAAAGAGCGCUGGUAAGUGAAGCUAAAUUCUUGAUGCAAAAUUCAUUGCACACAAGUGUUUGCAUACGAUUAUGUUUGUAGAGCUGACAUUUUAUUAAAGGAAUGAAUAGAAAGAUGCUUCCGAUCAGAUGCGUGACUCGUAGUUUUGAUUCAUUAAACACCAGAAGGAAACUUAUCCAAGAUAUAGAACCACCUUUCACUUUCAGUUUGCCUUUGCAUUUACUUAAUUAUAGCGUAUAAAAAUGAGAAACUUUGAUCAUGUAGCAGCAUUUUCAUGAAAAACAUUGCAAACUCUCACUUCAUAGUGACUCAGGAGCUAACCCUGUUGGUUAGGCUGAGAUGCCAAGUGGCAUUAAUAAACAAAUAUGAAUACAUUUCGUUUAUCUGACCAGCUAUAUUUUAUCUUGUUUUAAGUGACCAGGAAAAGCAUUUUCCUAUUUUAUGAAUGUGAAAAUGGGCUUUAAGGAGAUUCCUAAUCUGAAUACCUGCCAUGUACUGUUGGGUUGGGUUGUCGUAAUUGGCCUCAGAUAUUGUCAGGAGUUACACCGUGUUCUGAGGGGUAGGUUAUUGUGGCGUUGUCACGAGAUGCAGAUAUGAGAAAGAGAGGUUGCUGUUGAGCAAGAUAGAUUUAUCUAGGGAUAAGUGCACACCUCAUUCACCACAUGCUGCACUGAAAAGUCUCUUACUGCAGCUGAAAUAGUGACAUUAAUGUUAACCUCACGAGGUUAGAAGCUACAACGUGAUUGGAGUACUUAGUUGUCAGUGAGUUCAAGUUUGCAUACUUGAUGUAGCUAAGGAACUGGGUCAAACCAAGCUUUGCAGCUGUUAGGAUAUCAAGUAGUCAUGCUAAUUUUAUUGUAUGGCAACAGCACAGAGAAGUAAAAGACUCUAUGUUGAACUCAGUUCACUCUACCGUAUUUUCUGAAUGCAGAUUAAAUUGGCAACUUGGAUCUAAUAUUUAACUGUGUUUGCAUAAAGAUUGGUGCAAAGCUAACCUGAGCCUCCAUGUGGCACCAGUAAUUUACUAUUCAAAAUAGGAUUCCCGUAAAUUGUAACGUGCAAGCAUUAUUUGAUCAUAGUAUAUCAUUGUAUUUUAAGAAUUAAAGUAACACAAAUAAGUUGAGCAAAAUAUUCAAACUUCUAUAGAUUUUCCAAUAACUGCUUUGACAUUUCACUUCACAAAUGGUUUUUCAUGUAUAUUUCAUUUUGGGAAAUGUUUUAUGCCAAUGGAGUGUUUCAAUGCUUCAAAAGAGUCUCUUGAUUUUUAAUCUGAUUUGUGAAAGUGUACUGUGUAUAAUAUUGUUAUUAUUCUGUGCUUUUUGAAGAAAAAAAUCUCCAUCUACCAUAUGUUUCCAGCCACAUUUUGUGCAGUGCCCAGGAGGUGAAAGCUUCUACCUUGUAUUUCAGAUUGACUUGUAAGUUAACAACACACUUCUGUGCUUGUAUAUUUAAUUUUUUUAUAUAUGUAUAAUGUGUUUGUUGAAGGUGUCCUUUUUUGCACUUUUCAGGUACUGCAGAUUGUAAAAUUUAAAGCUCUGAUGUACACAUUAUCUGUACAUAACAAAUUUAUCAAAUUAGCUUUGUAUACAGAACCAAUAGGACUAAAGGCAAUAAAGGUGGGAUUAUAAGGGGUGGGGUGUUUGUGUUUUGUGCAGAUGUUAACCGUAAGGACUGUUGCAGAAUUUUUGCACCAAAAUAAUGAAGAAUUUUAAAAAUAAAGUGUCUUCAUUUCAAAAAUUAAA